GGCAAAGACACCACCUGUUAGGUCCAAAAGCUGAGGUUAACGUGUAAUAAAUACCCUGGCGGACCCAUUGGCAAGGCCUGACCACUCAGCUCAGCCACCUGGCCACCAUCAGUGGCUUGCAUGGUCCCAGCCUCCUCCCCCUGCCUCAACAUGGGUACCUUCUCCACAUACAGCCAGAGGAACCAUGUUAUUACUCUGCUGAGAACCACAAGCUGGUUUCCCCUGCUCCCUCAAACAUGUCGGUUUUCUGCAAACAUACUUUCCUACCUUGGGGCCUUUGCACAUGCCAUCCUUAUUUACCUGGUGCCAACUUUCCUGGGUAUUUAUCGACUCAGCUGCCCCCUUUCUCUCCUUUAGUUGUGUCACCCUUUCAUCCACUCAAUAAGCACAUUCUCUCCUAGGUGCCAGCCCUGUGUUAUACCUGGGAACCCAGCCUUAAAUGAGUUCCUGUUCCUGGAGGUCAUCAUGUAAUGGGGACAGGGGAUACAACACAUAGAGGGCCACAGCGAGAAAAAAAGUGCAGCAGAGGACAGGAGUGUGGGGUAGUGGUCGCCAUGUUAGGGGACAUAGCCAAAAGGAGAGGCAGGGAGCCUUUGGUAUUUGGGAAAUGUUGAAGGGGCCAGGGAGAGCCUCUUACAGCUGAGCUGGGAAAGAGUGGUCUUGGCCUGGGGCCUAGGAGUGCAAAUGCCUGGAGGUUGAACUUGGGUAUUGCUAAGCAUUGUGGGCCUUCCCUGGAGAAGAAGGGGUGUCGUUAUGGGGUCUGGAAGGAAUGGGAUCAGGACCAGACUGAUGGCAGGUUGGUGGCCUAUGCAUCUAGAAGGACAAGGCACGAUUUUCGGAGAGGAAGAAGAGGAAGCAGCUUUGGGGGUUGUCAGGGCCCUCCUCACAUCAGAAUGCAGCCCACUGCUAUCAUGGCCACAGCUGCCACCACUGCCACCGCAGCCACCCCGACCAUGACGUGGGACAACACCACCACAGUCCACCCCACCGCAGAGCCUGAACCCAUCCUGGACAGCUACAUGCUGCUAGUGGUGGUGAUGUCGCUCUUCGUGGGGGGGACCCUUGUGGUCCUGUCUGGUGUGUUGCUCCUGUGCAGGCGCUGCUGGGAAGUCCACCAGAACUUCAACAGAGCCACAGAGGAGUUAGAGAAGACCACCACCACCUACCUGGACAAUGGUACCCAUCAGGUCCAAGACCCCGAAUUGAGGGGGGAGGACCUCGAGGGCCAGGAUGCAGAGACCGAGCGCUUCCUGUCCACCAGCUCCACUGGCCGCCGCGUGUCCUUCAAUGAGGCAGCCCUGUUUGAGCAGAGCCGGAAGGCACAGGACAAGGGCCGAAGGUAUACCCUGACAGAGGGGGACUUCCAUCACCUGAAGAAUGCCCGUCUCACCCACCUGCACCUGCCACCCCUCAAGAUUGUCACCAUCCAUGAGUGUGACUCCAGUGAGGCCAGUGCAACUGCCAUGCCCCACCCCACUGCCCCUCCCAAGGCCAGCCUUGCCAUAUUCCAGCCCCCGGGGAAGGCCCUCAUUGGCCGCUCCGUGGGCCCCAGCUCCGCCCUGCCAGGUGACCCCUACAACUCUGCCAUGGGCCCUGCUGACUUCGAGAUCAGUCCCUCUGCAUCCAGUGACUCCGGGGAAGGCGCCUCGCUGGAUGUGGGUGCUAGCAACACCAAGCCUAAUGGGCCUGGGGCUUCUGUGGGGCCCCAGGAGGUGGGCCCUGGCUCUGGGGCAGGCCCUGUCCUGCAGUUCUUCACUCGCCUGAGGCGCCAUGCCAGCUUGGAUGGGGCCAGCCCCUACUUUAAGGUCAAGAAAUGGAAGCUGGAGCCCAGCCAGCGGGCAUCAAGUCUGGACACAAGAGGCUCCCCCAAGAGGCACCACUUCCAGCGGCAGCGGGCAGCCAGCGAGAGCAUGGAGCAGGAGGAGGGGGACACACCCCACAUGGACUUCAUUCAGUACAUUGCCAGCACAGGCGCUGCCAUGGCCUUCCCGCCCCCCUGCCCCUUUCUGGCCAGCCCCACCAGCCCGUCCCCCGCUCUCGGCAGGCUAGAGGUGGAGGAGGAGGAGGCAGGCGCCAUGGGAGGAGUGAGCCCUGAGCCCCCCACGGAGCACAACGUAGGUGGUUCGGGGCAUGAGCAGCAGCUGGAGUCAGACAGUGAGCGAGAUGCAGGGCCGGAGCAGGCCCAAACCACCUACCACGACAUCUGGAGCCUGCGCGCCUCGCUUGAGUUGCAUGCAGCCACUGCCUCAGACCACAGCAGCAACGACCGUGACUCAGUGCGAAGCGGCGACAGCUCUGGCUCCGGGGGCACAGCGCCCGCCUUCCCACCGCCCUCGCCACCGCCUGUGCUGCGGUCUUCGGAGGGUGAGGUGGGAGGGCCACGCAAGCUGCUGCAGAUGGACAGUGGUUAUGCCAGCAUCGAGGGGCGCAGCGCUGGUGAUGAUGGGCCUCCCAGUGCACCCCAGAAGCGUUCCUCCUCCAUUAGUGCAAGCCAUGCGGCUACCAUGGGGGGCAGCUUCGAUGGGGCCCAGGUCGAGGAGUCCACCUGGCCUCCCAGCCCACGUGCCUGGCCCCGUCGCACACCGCGCCGGGACUACAGUGUGGACGAGAAGACUGAUGCGCUCUUCCAUGAGUUUCUACGCCAUGAUCCGCACUUUGAUGACGCCCCGCCCACUGCUGCGCGCCAUCGAGCACGCGCACACCCGCACACCCAUGCACGCAAACAAUGGCAGCAGCGUGGCCGGCAACACAGUGACCCUGGCGAGCGAGCCAUGCAUUCUGCACCGCCCGGGCCCGACCCCCGCCCCACACGUGCGCCUUUGCGCCGUGGUGACAGUGUCGACUGCCCGCCGGACAGCCGCACAGGUGAAGAACCGACGGCUGUCCCAGUGUCCACCAUCCCUGCCAUCGAGGAGGAACCUGGCAGCGGGUGCCCUGGAUCAGGCCUGUGUGCCCAGCCCUCAGGGGCACUGCUGGACAAGCUGGCAGCUGGCCUCGAGGAUAGACUCUUCCUGCCACACCUUGCCCAGCCAGUCAGUGCAGCCCCCACACUGGCUGCAAUCACUGCAGCACCCACGUCGCCGGACCACAGUCCUGCCUAAGCCCCGAGCCCCUCUCCAGCUCCUAUCACAUGCACAAGGGCUCUGCAGAUGGACAUACCAGGGGCACGAGGUCCAGGUGCGUGUGCACUGAGAUCUCAUGCACAAGUGUACUGCCCUGGAUGCCCACGCUGCCCCAGUGCGCAUGUGCCCAGUCCCCGUUGGUCACUAAGCUGGAUUCCUGUGUUACUUCCAGGCACAAGGACUCUGGCCCUUGUGGCCCAUCUGGAGGGAAUGAGGCGUAUUCUCAUCUUUGCACUUUGGAGGAACAUAUUCAACUGUUUUUACCCCAGACAGUGUGGCCUCUAGAUAGUGUCAGGCUGUCAUUCGCAGGAGGCACAAGCGCAACAUACCCUUCCCUGGGCCAACUGAGCCUCGAGGCAUAUCUGGGCUGCAGGAGCUGAGUCCACACCAGGGUGCAUGCUCUAGGCCCGCUGGAACACGGACUGCAGUGUACUGAGGAUCAGUGGAGUACACCGGCAUUGCUGCCAAUUACUGGAAGCCGUUCUCACCACUGCGUGUGUUUGCUGCAGCCCAAGCCUCCUCCAAGCAAUAACCACACCACUGCUGCCCCCA